AUGAAAGAAAUUGCCGAGGAUUAUUUGGGAGAAAAGGUCAAGAAUGCAGUAAUUACUGUGCCAGCCUAUUUUAACGAUGCUCAACGACAAGCCACUGUUGAUGCGGCAAUUAUUGCUGGAUUUGGUGAUCCCCAAGAUAUCAAAAAAGCCCGGGAAAUGAUUAAAAUUAUCAACGAGCCAACUGCCGCUGCCCUGGCUUAUGGAAUUGACAAAGACAAAGAUAAAAAAGUUCAAACAAUUGCGGUGUUCGACCUAGGGGGUGGAACUUUUGAUAUUUCCAUUGUCGAAAUUGAUGAGGGUGUUUUCGAAGUGAAAGCGACUGAUGGUAACACUUUUUUAGGGGGGGCUAAUUUUGAUGAAAAGAUUGUUGAAUGGUUAAUAGAAGAAUUUAAAAAGGAACACGGUGUUGAUUUACGAAAAGUAGGAGAUAAAAUGACUUUGCAACGUUUGAAAGAGGCGGCCGAAGAUGCUAAACAAAAACUUUCUACCAAUGCGGGGGAAAUUGAUAUUAAUCUUCCUUUUGUUUACAGUGAUGCUUCUGGUCCGAAGAAUCUUUCUACAAAACUUUCUCGUUCAAAAUUAGAGAACUUGGUUGAUGAACUUUUAGAAAAAUUGGUUUCGCCAUGCAAAGACUGUCUUGAACGUUCAAAAGUUAAAAAAAUUGAUAAAGUUAUUUUGGUAGGAGGGAUGACUAGAAUGCCUGCGGUGCAAAAAAAAGCAAAAGAGAUUUUUGGGAUAGAACCAUCUAAAUCAGCAGUUAAUCCCGAUGAAGCGGUAGCGAUAGGAGCGGCUAUUAAGGGUGGAGCGGCGAUGGGUGAUGUGAAAGAUAUACUUCUUUUGGAUGUUACUCCACUUUCUUUGGGUAUUGAAACCAAAGGUGGUAAUAAUCAAAUAAUAAUUCCACGCGGCACUACUAUUCCGGCUAAGAAAUCCGAAAUAUUUUCUACGGCAGCAGACAACCAAACUAGUGUGCUUAUUCAUGUUCUUCAAGGAGAAAGACCACAGGUUAGGGACAAUAAAUCAUUAGGUAUGUUUGAAUUAGGUGGUAUCGAGCCGGCUCCGAUGGGCGUUCCUCAAAUUGAAGUUACCUUUGAUAUUGAUUCCAAUGGUUUAGUCAAAGUUUCAGCCAAGGACAAAAGAACUGAUAAGGAGUCAAAUAUUACUAUCACGGCUGGCAGUGGUCUCAACAAAGAAGAGGUUGAAAAAAUGGUCAAAGAGGCUGAAAAAUAUAAAGACAAAGAUGAGGAAUAUGCUCGAAAUGCCAAAACUCUUAACCAAGCCGAGUCUUAUUGUUACAAUUUCGAAAAAAAGAUGAAAGAAUUUACAAAAAAUAAGAAUUUUAAGGAAGAUGAACCUCAAUUCCAAGCAUUUAAAAAAUUAUAUGAUGAAUUAAAGAAAAGUGCCGAAGAGGCAAAAGAGGAAAAAAACGAAGAAGUAAAGAAGCAAAAAUAUGCUGAGUUGGAAAAGAAAAUAGAAAAGAUUGAUGAGUUAAUAAAAUUAUCGAGCGAAUUAGAGCAAAAAUACCCCUCCGAAGAGGAACAACAAAAAAAUGGAAAAGAGGGCGUUCAGGAUGUUCAUCCUGAAUCAGAGGAUAAAAAAUAG